AUGCUUAUUCCCCAGGCUGACAAUAUACAAGCUCAUCAUUGCAUGAAAUCACAUCCUGGAAACCGUAUCAUGCGCGAUUUCUACCAUGUGGCUAAACUAGAAGGCUCGACCCUUCCUAGCAUCCUUGGGCUUACAGCCUCAGUUGAUGUAGACAAAAUUUCGGAGCUCGAACGAAACCUGGAUGCAACCUGUCGCGCCCCGUUAGUUCAACGCCACGAAUUGACAGAGUAUGCUCCUCAUCAGUGUCUCACAAAAAUCUCCUACACCCAAAGUUGCUACGAUACGGUGAGCCCACCUUCUUAUUUGGAUACACUGGAAGAGGCAGUCAUGGAGUUACGUGAAUACAGCAAAAGUGAAGGUUAUAGCAUCCAUAGUGAACUUUUGAAAGUUCCCUCGAAAGCACGGGAUAUUUGGCAUCAUUUAGGGGCAUGGGCUCUACAAUACUUUAUGACACGAAGGGUUCCACAGCUUGUCCAGCACAUUACCAAACAGGAGACAACCGCCUCUGUUCAGUCAUACGAUCACAGAUUUACGGCUUUGAGAACCGUACUGAACAGUAUUGUGGAAGGAGCUGUUGUCCCCUUACAGUGGCCUGGCAAUAUUUCCAAUAAAGUGAAACGACUCCUAUUAUUUCUGAAAGAAAGAAGUCACCCAGAUUCCUCGGGUGUCAUUUUCAUUCGAGAAAGGAUAACAGCAUAUGUCCUUUCGGCGCUGCUUGAUACUCACCCAUUAACUCAAAAUGCCUUCCGAUGCGCGCCCUGUCUCUGUGUGAGCAGCUCUGUUCGAUCUGAGUCUUCUUGGACCAAAGGGGACGAUUUGUCUUUUGGGAAAAAUGAGGAUAUUGUUAUGCAGUUCCGCAGCGGCCUAAAAAACUUGAUUGUUGCUACUAGCGUUCUAGAAGAAGGUAUUGACCUCCCAGCUUGCCACCUGGACAUUUCAUUUGAUUCUCCGGACAAUAUUACAUCUUUCAUCCAGCGCCGAGGUCGAGCACGACAGGGCAUUUCCGAAUUUGCUGUGAUGGAAGCAAAUGAUGUUGAAUCCGUUUCCGCGUCUUCCAAACAAUAUAGCGAUCUUGAAAGGCAAAUGCAGAUCAUAUGCUUAGACCAUCAACGAAGCCAUCAGACGCUAGAGGCGGGCAACAUCCAAUCGGACGAUGUCCUUCUCCAACUACGAUUACACACGGGGUUUGCUCGUCACCUCCCAAAACUUGCCCUGUUGACUAGCGAGAACGCUAUACCCCAUCUAUUUCACUUCUGCACAACCUUGCAAAGGGAAACACUUGGCGAAACCCAUCCCACGUUCUCAUACCAAAGGAAUGGUGAAGGUCUUGCACGAUCAACGGUUUAUCUGCCGAGCGGCAUUGACCGUUUCUUACGAAUUGUGGAUGGUCACCAUUGGUGGGGAGCAAAGCAGUCGGCCCGACAGGAUGCCGCCUUUCAGGCUGUUCGUGCCUUGCAUGGUCAAAAUCUCAUAGAUGACCAUCUUCUUCCUUUGUUUUCGGACAAUCCCUGGACCAGUGAGAUUUAUGAAAGAGAUAUUGUCGCAGAGCUCCCCCAAACAGAAAAUUUGAUCAACUUUUGGAAAGGCAUUCCGGGACCUUGGACAGAACGCAAGCUAUAUAAGUGCCGCGUCAGUUUCUCCGCAAACGGGAAAGAUAGGCCAGAACUUGCAAUGGCGAUCUUUACGCCUGUCAAAUUACCGGUGAAGGACGAUCUGGAUCUUUACUGGGAUAACCGAACAUCAUUCACUGUUAGCUUGCAGCCUUUCAACAAGGAGACUGCAAUUUCACCAUCCACCAGACGCCUCAUAUGGGAGAUCUCGACCCUACUAUUCCAAUCUACACGCGCAAGUUCUGUACAAGAACAGUAUCCAGAUUUUCUGCCCUUUUUUACCCCAGACCUUCCUCUGCAAGAUUUAGAAGACUGGCUCAGUGUUAACUAA